AUGAGGACCAAGGUGGACGACGGCGAUGAUGCGAGGAGGAGCAAACAAGAGGAACGGGCAGCUCGUGCCUUGAAGGAGGCAGAUGUCCUACUCCUAGUGACUGGAGCUGGCUUUUCGGCUGACAGUGGUCUUGCUGUCUACAAUGACAUUGGAAAGGUGGAAGCCUAUCAAUUGCGUAAUUUGGAUUAUGCGGAUAUUUGUCAACCAAGAUGGCUAAAGAAAGAUCCUGAAUUGUUUUAUGGAUUCUGGGGUCAAUGUUUCAAUGAUUACCGGAAUACCAAGCCACACGAUGGAUACCAAAUUCUACGAAACUGGCGAGAUGACAAGAAUUUGAUGCAACAUCAAAAUGACCAUGGCACAACGACAGUGGCAGAUGAAAUUCGAACUCGGACCCUACACAAGUAUCACCUCCGUCGUCCCUUUGAUGAUGAUGCGGCUCGUCUUUUAACUCCCUACAAGGUAGACCAUGAGGAUAUCAAUCAAAUUGCAGGAUCCUUCUUUGCCUUUACAUCCAAUGUCGAUGCUCAUCACUAUGACGUCUUUGAAGCUCAUGAAAUCCAUGAUUGUCAUGGAAAUAUUGAGCUCUGGCAGUGUUCCAACCGAGGUUGUGAAACUGGGAUCUGGCGAGCGCCCAUAGACCACAAGUUUGUGGUGGACAAGGAAUGGAUGCUGGCACCCAAACACGUCGACGCAAAUGCUAAUGACGGUGAUGAUGGUAAUGAUGGUAAUGAUGUCGAUAUUGAUUCAAAGGAAGUCAAGGAAGAAAAGGAUGGAUCCAUUACGGACAAGGGCGACAGUGACAAUGACAAUGACGGUCCAGCCAAGGUCGGCCACAUCAAGGCAACUGGAGAAAAGAGAUCCAACCUUCUGCAGUACAUGCCUCCUGGACUGGAUCAAAAGGGAUGGAAAGACAUGGGUCCACUAGGAAACUGGCCACGAUGUGGUCACUGCGAAUCACUGGCACGUCCUGCCAUUCUCAUGUUUGGUGAUUUUGGGUUCCACUACGACUUGCCACAACACGAACGAUGGGAUGCAUGGAAAGAAGCAGUGAUGGAUCUGACAAAGUCCAAGAGUGAAAAGGAAGGAAUCCAACUAAAGGUCUGCAUUCUGGAGAUUGGUUGUGGCAUAAAUGUUUCAACCUGCCGAGACUUGUCGGAAACCACUGUUCACCAUGUUGCGAGACGUGGUGGCGAACCAACGUUAAUUCGUAUCAAUCCUGACCAUCCAGGCGCUCCCAAGGAGUUUGUUGCUGCGGAUCACAUCAUUUCUAUUCCAUCCCGAGGCCUCGAAGCUAUUCGAAGAAUUGAUGAAAUCUACAAGACGCUGAACCAAGAAUCAUGA